UCUCUCUCUCUCCCUCUUCACCAAAGACAAAGGAGGCCCUCCAUCAGCACUCCAUCAGUCUUUCCAACGAAAUCAACUCAAGAAGAUUCCAAGAUGCCGGACACAAUUAUGUCCAAGGAACCCUCUUCCAACCUGGAGAAUGCCAUGCAGAUGCUGAUCAAAACCUUCCACAAGUACUCAGGGAAGGAGGGUGACAAGUAUACUCUGAGCCGGGGAGAGCUGAGAGAGCUGUUAACAGAGGAGCUGGGGAGUUACCUAGGGAACGCCCGGGAUGGAGAAGGGGUUGAGAAGGUGAUGAACGACCUGGACGCCAACAGCGACGGUGAGGUGGACUUCACAGAGUUCAUCAUCCUGAUGGGGGCCCUGACAGUGGCUUGCAACGACUUCUUCAUGGAAUACAAGCCCGAGAAACUUGUCCACACACCCUUUGAGAAAAAGGAGGCAACAUCGGAGAAGAAAGAGUGAAGGAAAAAAGGGAGGAGUGGGGAGGGACUGGGAGGAGGGAAGGGGGAGAUGGAUGGAAAGUAGCAAUGAACUGUGGAGCAACAGUAAAAGGGUACAAUUGAUGGUUGUGUGGUCAUGUUAUGCAAAUUUCUAAACAGUGCAAAUGAAAUGUGUGAAAAGAGGCUGAGGGAACUUCACUUCACUAAGUAAGGUUUCGCUGAUGGAAGAACAGUGUGUUCCAUCUGCAACUAUCCAAAUACUUUUCAUACCAUAUUUAAGUCACAGAUCCGGAGUCAGUUACUCUGUGUCCUCAAAUGCAUGAGUGACACUGUAUACAGUAGGGGUCAGCAACAGGCGUCCUGUGGCAUGCGAGUGAUUUUCUUUGCCACCCCCUAAACUUUAUGGUGAAAAAUAUUUUCUGGUGAUUUUACCUUUUUACUGUAAAAUCACCAGGAAUUCAGCAAAAAUGUGUUUCAUUUAGGAAAUCUGUUCAAGUAUUCACACAAAGUUUUUUUUUAAAUAUGUGAUCGUGUCUCAAUGGAAUCAAUGUAUGAAAUUAUUCAAAUACAAUCUCUUUUUGGGCUUAGUUGUGGUACAUUUGCAGUGUACAGAUUAUUUUAAUUAUGUUCCAGCCCUCUGACCAUCCUCUCCAACAAAAAUCAACCCCCGGCUGAAUCUAGUUGCCUACCCCUGGUAUACAGGGUAGUAUGUGUGAGAUCAGUUGUGUUCUCUAUUCAGUCUCAAAUUCCAAAUCAACUGUUUAAAUGAUUUGGAUGCAUAUUCAGGAUGGAUUUAAUUGAAAAUAUGAAUUAUUUCAGUGGAUGUUAUUGUAACACACAACCACCAAUGGAGUCAGAUCGGGGCCUAAAGCACAACAGGGUGAUACUGUCAUGAAUAUAAAGAUGAUAUCAUAGAUAAUAAAUAUCUUAAAUAUUUAGAAUAGGUUAUGUACUCAGAGUUGAACAUUUUAAUAUAAUUUACAUUUCUUUGCACAUAUUUUGUAAUCUGUUUUUGGUAAUUACCAAUGUGUUCUUCCAAACAUUAAACAUGACAUUUAAUCAGC